CUCCACAUUCAACGCGCUACACGAAUAAAAUCGGCGUCUGGCCGCCGUGUCACAUCUCGAGCAGACGUCGUUGUGUCCGGCCGGUCUUCGAGCGAAAGUACACGUUUUGAGGUUUGAACAUCGUCGCACCGGCCACAAAUACCAUAAAAACCCACCGGGAAGAAAACAUGCUGCUGCUCUGGACGUGUUUGCUGGCGGCGACGUCGGCGAGCGCGCUGUAUACGUCAUCUUCAGGUGUCGUGGACCUCACCGCCGCCAACUUCAACAAGCUGGUCGUCAACUCCGACGAGGUAUGGCUGGUGGAAUUCUACGCACCAUGGUGCGGACACUGCAAGAACCUUGUACCCGAGUAUCAGAAGGCAGCGAAGGCACUGCGCGGCGUUGUUAAGGUAGGUGCUGUUAACGCCGACGAAGAGAAGUCUCUCGGCGGUCAAUUCGGCAUUCGAGGAUUCCCAACGAUCAAAAUCUUCGGCGCGAAUAAGAACACUCCGGAGGAUUUCAACGGAGCGCGUACUGCUGAAGGUAUGGUAGAUGCAGCGCUCGCUGCAGCAAAGAAAAAAGUAAAAGUAGCACUUGGAGGCGGUGGCAGUGGAGGAUCUUCUGGUUCAUCAGGCAGCGGUGGAAAUGAUGUAGUUGAAUUAACAGACGCCAAUUUUGACUCGAAAGUACUCAACAGCGAUGAUAUGUGGCUGGUGGAGUUCUACGCGCCGUGGUGUGGCCAUUGUAAGAACCUCGCGCCGCACUGGGAGAAAGCCGCUGGUGAGUUGAAGGGUAAAAUCAAGCUUGGCGCACUCGACGCCACUGUACACACAUUGAAAGCACAAAAGUACGGCAUUCAGGGAUACCCGACUAUUAAAUUCUUCCGUCCGGGUAAGAAAACCGACGCUGAGGAGUAUGACGGCGGACGCACAAGCAGCGAUAUCGUCACCUGGGCCUUGGAUAAACUCGCCGCCAAUGUCCCAGCGCCUGAAAUCGUACAAAUCACUGAUCCUGCUGUAUUUACAAAGAAUUGUGAUGCCAGUAUUCCAUUGUGUGUUGUAACUGUACUUCCACACAUUUAUGAUUGUCAAGCGAAAUGCCGUGAUGAAUAUCUCGAAGUCCUGCGUUCACUGGGUGAGAAAUACAAGCAGAAGAUGUGGGGUUGGCUGUGGACGCAAGCAGGUGAUCAGUUAGCUCUAGAAGAGUCUUUGGACAUCGGCGGUUUUGGUUAUCCUGCGCUCGCUGUUGUAAAUGUGAAGAAAAUGAAGUAUUCGCUGCUGCGAGGAUCGUUCAGCAAGCAAGGCAUUGAUGAAUUCCUGCGCGAUUUGUCCUAUGGUAGAGGUAACACUGCACCAGUCAAGGGGGCGGCGUUGGCUGAGAUUGUAAGCGUAGACGCGUGGGACGGCAAGGAUGCUGAAAUGCCAGUCGAGGAAGAGUUGGACUUGUCCGAUGUGGAUCUGGAUGACGACGCGCCGAAGGACGAGUUGUAAUUAGUGUGAAUGUGUUUAGAAUAUUUUUGUAUGUAACAUUAACUGCGUUUUCCAUUUGUAUAAGAAAACAUCAAACAUGAAAUUUUCGUUAUAAAAUGCAUGAAAAUUAAAAAGUACUGAUACCAA